GUUUUGUCAUUCGACGGUUUGGGAGGAUACGGAAAAUCUAGUGAGAUUACACAAGUGAAGCCGGAGACUCAGCACACAUCACUGGCCUGCAAUGACGCAAAACUCCGCUAGUAAGCUUCUGAAUGGGGAUUCCUUACACCGGACAAAACAAGACAAGAAAGCGGGUAGAAAUGGGUUCGUGAAGAACCACUGCUUGUUCCAGCAGCAGCAGAAGCGAUACCGCCGCCCGGCGGAGAAGAACCAUCAUGCUUCAUCCACUUCACUUUAUAAAAAGCCAUUUGUGGAGUCGUUUGAGGAGACACCGCUGCUGGUGGCUGUCCUCACUUACAUGGGCUAUGGCAUCCUUACCAUUUUUGGCUAUCUUCGAGAUUUCCUGAGGGACUGGAAGUUUGAGAAGUGUCAUCUGGCCAGAGAGAGAGAAGAACAGAAGGAUUUUGUUCCACUGUACCAGGACUUUGAGAACUUCUACACCAGGAAUCUGUACAUGAGGAUCAGAGACAACUGGAAUAGGCCCAUAUGCAGCGUCCCUGGAGCCAAGAUGGACCUUGUGGAGCGGGUCACACCUGACUACAACUGGACCUUUGAACACACAGGGAAUGUUCUGAAAGAUGUUAUUAAUAUGGGCUCAUAUAACUACCUCGGCUUUGCUGAGAAUACCGGCACAUGCGCUGAUGCUGCCUCUGAGUGCACUGUGAAAUAUGGCGUGGGGGUGAGCAGCACCAGGCAAGAGAUAGGAAAUCUUGACAAGCAUGAGGAGCUGGAGAAGCUGGUGGCCAGGUUUUUAGGGGUUGAGUCAUCCAUGGUGUUUGGAAUGGGCUUUGCUACAAAUUCCAUGAAUAUUCCUGCACUCACGGGAAAAGGCUGUCUGAUUUUAAGUGAUGAGCUCAAUCAUGCAUCUCUGGUCCUGGGUGCCCGUCUCUCUGGCUCUACCAUCCGUGUAUUCAAACACAACAAUAUGCAAAGUCUAGAGAAGUUGCUCCGGGAUGCUAUUGUGCAUGGCCAACCUAGAACCCACCGGCCCUGGAAGAAGAUCCUUAUCGUCGUUGAGGGAAUUUACAGCAUGGAGGGCUCAAUAGUGCGACUUCCUGAGGUCAUUGCCCUAAAGAAAAAAUACAAAGCCUUCCUGUAUCUGGAUGAGGCCCACAGUAUUGGGGCACUAGGACCAAGAGGCAGAGGUGUGGUGGACUAUUUUGGCCUGGAUCCAUCUGACGUUGACAUCAUGAUGGGCACUUUCACCAAGAGCUUUGGUGCUGCUGGAGGAUACAUUGGAGGAAAGAAGGAGCUGAUUGAUUACCUCCGCUUACAUUCUCACAGUGCAGUUUAUGCUACCUCAAUGUCCCCACCCAUCACCCAGCAGAUUAUCACUUCUAUGAAGUCCAUUAUGGGAGAAGAUGGCACCACAUUAGGUCAGGAAAGACUCUGUCAGCUGUCAGAAAACACAACCUACUUUCGCAGGAGAUUACAUGAGAUGGGCUUUAUCAUCUAUGGGAACAAUGACUCCCCUGUUGUACCCUUGAUGCUCUACAUGCCAGCUAAAAUCGGAGCAUUUGGGCGGGAGAUGGUGAAGAGGAACAUUGGGACAGUGGUGGUUGGGUUCCCCGCCACACCCAUCAUUGAGUCCCGAGCACGUUUUUGUGUUUCUGCCGCCCACACCAGAGAGAUGCUCGACACAGCUUUAAACGCCAUCAGUGAAGUUGGAGAUCUACUUCAGCUGAAAUAUUCAAGAAAAAAACGACAUGGGAGUGAAGCAACUGACUGUUUUUCAUAUCUGGAGAGCCACCAGGACUAGCACUUUCUCAUGAUGGACUGACUGUGUCUUUGUUCCACCCCAGAGUUAUUUAUGUGUAACUUAAGCAUCAUUUUCAUGUUGAUUCAUUUCAGUGGACGCUUCAUUGAAGCCCACCGACUGACCAAAUUUCAAGUCUUACCUCUGGGUUCGGUAAACAAUAUUUAUUUCAUCGUGCAAUAUCAACUGUAGUAAACACUUCAUAUCACUGUGUUCAGCUUCAGAAAUGACACAGGAUAAAAGUUAAGUGUCAGGGCUAAUUUAUCCAACCUUCUACAGAGUCUAAAACAAAUUACAGUACGCAAAAUUAUUUUCUGUUAUUUUAUACAAAUAUUAUCAGUGUUUUUGUCUUGUUUUCCAUUAAAAAAUCUUAAAUAAGAUUAAUUUACUCAGGGCUAAGGUUAGAUAACAGUCUUUUUACUCAGUUUGCACAAGCUUUUAAUAAAGUAAAAUUCUUACAAAAUAUAGUAAGAUUUAUGCUUUAAAAAAAACAAUACACCAAUGGAGGACAAUAAACUUGAAGACAUAUAUUGUCUGAGAAGUCUUAUUAUAUUAUAGUUUUACUUUCAAACUUGUCAAACUUUAAAUAAAAUUGAAGGAUAUUUAGAUUUUUAUUAGAAAACAAGACCGAAAUCCUGAUUUUAAAAAUUAUUUAUUUCAGUGUACAUGAAGACAGUAACCCACACACUGGUAUCUUUAUGUGCACUUCUACAGCAAUUCUCAUCUUUUAAUAAGAAAUAAGCUUGAAAAAAAAAAUAAAUAAAUAAAUAAAUAUAUAUAUAUAUAUAUAUAUAUAUAUAUAUAUAUAUAUAAAUAUAAAUAUAUAUAUAUAAAGAGAAAUCUACUUAUGAAGGAGAAAAUUUAUUAUAGUUAAACAGUAAAUAAGAAUGUGACUUCAUAUCCAUAUAAAUGUAUCUAUAAAAAUAUUGGCGCAUAUUUAUUAAUGCACAUCGCAGUGUGUCUGCAUUUACCUUAUCACAUACUAGCUUUAGUGGGUCCGCAAAUCUUCAAAUAUCAGAUUUUUAAUCUUUUCACAGUGCAAAUAUCACUACAUAAGUAAAUUAGUAAUGUCUUAGUGAACUUGUACAGAGGAAUACUGACAACAUUCUCUGUUUUAUUUCAUCAGAGCUUAUGGAAAUGUAUGAUGUUUUCUGUAUUUUAAUUUCUGUUGUGGUACUUUCCAUGAAUAGGGUACAGUUUUGUUUUGUUUUGUUUUUUUUAAGCAAGCACUAGAGGAACAACGCCCGUAUUUCUUGCAAAGAGACAUUUCAGGACAGUUUUUUACUCAAAUUACAAUUGCAUUACCCAAGAUAUUUUUUUUCUUCUUCUUCUGUGUAUUUUAGAGUUUAUUUAAUAUUUAUUGCAAGAAAAUAACAUAAAACAAAUAACACUUGGGUGUUAAAUUGUAUGUAGACAUGUUUUACAAAACCUAAAAAAAAUAGAACAUGAUAAAACUAAAUAUAAUAUAGAGUUUGAUAUCCCUAGGUUCAUAAUAAACAUUUUCAUUUUCGAAUUGCCUUAGCACUGAGCAGCUGUUUAAAAAUGCAUUUUUUAAGAGUUUCGGGACAUAAUAUGUACUCUAUUUGUGGAAGGUGCCUUUAUGUCUUACUUGAAUAUCGGUUGAUGUGCUGACGGUUUGCAUAUUUCACAACUAAGUACACUUAAGUGUAUGAUGUUCUAGCCAGGGCAUUUCACAAAGGCAGAAAUCUUUCAUUGAGCCAACAGAAGGAGACUGAUAUUGUUCAUUCAGCGUUUCAUUCUUCAUAUCUGCUGUUAAUAGACAGCAGUGAAAAAUGUUUGUGUUGUCUUUUGUAUUGUUAUAUAGUUGCUUUUGAUUUGCUCUUUUUAAGUUAAAUUGUUUUUAAGAGCUUGUGUUCUUCUAACAAAAGUGCUAAUACGGGUCACUGAUAUGGUAUGAAGAGCUCUUGUCUGUAUGUAUGUAUGAUGAUGUGGCUUAUGGAUGCCUGUCGGAUGUACUUUAUUUUUUCACCUUAAUGUUUUUGUUUUCCAUUCCCUUUUGUGUUCUUAAGUCUUGUUCUUAAUCGGAAAGGCAGCUCUGAAUAUGCCUCUGAAUGGAGACAUAUGUAAAUGGGACUAUAUGACCUUAGAGCUACUAAUGACUGUUAAGAGAUGCAGAUAUGACGUCGGCUCAUGGGCUUUAAGCAGCCUGUAUAAAUGCAAGUAAUGCCACCGAGCUGCAUUUGACUGUGAUACCAAAGGGCAUUCCACAAUUUUUGUUUGUUUUUGUCUUAUACAUUUUGAGUUGCAAUUGUCAUCAGAUAUACAUGCUAUCAGUUUUGUCACAUUUCUCCAUGCAAGAAACUGAAAAUCAUUGAAUGUCACUGAUCAUUUGUUUCUGAAGAUAAUUAAAUAACUUAUCUUGAACAUU